AUGGAAACCGACCUUCCACUCCCCCUGUCUCCGGCUUUUCUUAAAGUAACCAGGGUACGUGCUCAAAUCUGCCCCAGGGUGUGCGCCCCCAACUUGCCCCGCAGCGUGACCCCCAGGCCCGUGGGGCGCUGGGCAUCCCGCGCCGCACGCUCCACCCUCCGCGCGGUUCCGUCAGCUAGCCCAACCCCCGGCCCGCCUCCGGCUCGCUCCAUGCGCCCCACCCCUGGCCCGCCGCGCUCGGCCCCGCUCGCCCCUCCUCUGCGUCCGACCGCCCGGUCGCUGGGCGGCUCCCGCGGCUCCCGGGGCUCCAGCCGCAGCCCCUCCUGUCUCCAUGGCGACGCGGCGUCCCAGGCUCGCAGCUCGGAACCCAGCGCCGGCGGCGAGCGGGUCUGGCCCUCCUGGUCAACCCUUCGAGGGAUCUCUUUGGCAGGGUCGCCAGCGGGUUGGGGCUCUGGAGCCCCACGGCUGCCGAGGCACCGCCCGAGAAGUCUUGGCCCUGAAUUUUGUAUUCCAGAAAUCCCCAGAAACUACGUAGACAAGAAAGAUGUUGUAAAGGCAUCAAAAAGCAGACCGAAUGGCACAUUGCUAGUGUUUGACCCAAAGGAAAAAGUGAUGAUUGACCCAAAUAAAACAGUGCCACAAUGCCUUGGACGAAGACCAAGAUUGGCAAGCAAGCUUUAUAGUUCCCCAACAGAGAUCUCCCUGGGAAUAGCUAAUACAUUCUCAGCAAAGAAAGAACCCUGUGCAAAGAAGACUGAAGAUAAAGUCUCUUCAAAAAGUCCUGAAAGCAGACCAUCCUCAAGGAGUGUUGAAAAUAAGGAUGUCUUAACAAAUCGGCAGUCUGACCUGUGGUUAUCCUCCUUCCUUAAAGAAACUGCAGAUGAAGUGGACAAGGAUACAAUCCUUGCAAAGCAAGAGAAAAUCAGUGAGUAUUGCCUUGACGACAUCGAGGAGAAGUUGUCGGAUUCGACAGAUGGCGAUGGUGACGAUGACACCAACAAUGAAGAUGACGAAGGCACCCCUAAAAAGGAGACUCGUGCCCCGCUAGAGUUGAUGGCAGAAUUCCUGAGAGCAGAAAUGGGCCGAGACUACCAGCUGGCCAAAAAGUUAUGUCAGAUGAUCCUAAUCUACGAACCAGAAAAUCCUGUGGCCAAGGAAUUUUUCUCACUUCUUGAAGAAAUAUUGCUAAAGGAGAAAGCUCAGAAGCAGAAGGACGAGGAGGAGGACAGUGAAGAGGGCAGCAGCAGCGAGAGCGAGGCCGAGAGCAGCGAGGAAGGGAGUGAGGACAGCUCGGACGAGUGUGAAGACGGGUCCUGAGGGCGCUGCUGUGGAGAGUUAUUUUCACGAGUGUAUGCCAUGCGGAUGAAAAUAUAAAGGAGAGAGCUACUGUGCAGACUAACUGUGGUUUCUUCGGUACAGAGUUCCAGCGAUCUGCACUCUUAGUUGGAGCUCCUCGCUCCGUGUUCAGGCUUAGACCAAGACACGUCACUUAGCAAGGGAAGGAGGGAGGAAAUAUGACAUCCUGGGAGCAUAGCGCACGCCCCACACUUAUUUAAUCUUACAACCCCAAGUAAUAUGUUACCAUCCCCAUUUUACAGGUGGGAAAAGUGAGGCACGGGGAGAGUAAAUAGUUUCUCUAGUGAGAGUCACCUGUUUGUAGGGUCUGGAUUUGCCUCUGUGACCUCAUGGCUCCACAGCUGGGCUUUCAGUCCCCUUUCAAUGACUGCCCCAUCAAACUUUAACAAAGAAGUCAUCUGUCCAUGUCACAGAUCUGGAGAUCUCAUCUCCUCUCUGGCAGAGAAACAACAGUGUGUGUGUGUGUGUGUGUGUGUGUGUGUGUGUGUGUGUGUGUCACAAAAGAGGCCAUGAUUUUAGGAGGGAACAAGGCAGGUGUGGUAGUUUGAAUGUCACUGGACCCCAUGAUCUCAUAGAGGGUGGCACUACUAGGAGGCGUGGCUUUGGUGGAGUGGGUGUGGCCUUGUUGGAAGAAGUGUGUCGCUGUGGGGGUGGGUUUUGAGGUUUCCUAUGCUCAGGAUACCUCCAAAGGUCUCAGUUGAAUUCCUGCUGCCUGCAAGAUGUAGGACUCUCAGCUGUUCCCCCAGCACCACCUCUGCCUGCAUGCCGCCAUGCUCCCUGCCACGGUGAUAAUGGACUGAACCUCUGAGAUGUAAUCAAACCACCCCAAUUAGAUUUGUUUUUCCUUCUUAAGAGUUGCCAUGGGUCAUUGUGUCUUUCCACAGCAAUAGCAACCCUAACGAAGGCAGCAGAGCACAUGGGGAUUGUAGGGAGGAAUGGGAAGAGGGAAAGUGAGUUGGUGAUUAUAUUUUAAUUUUAAAAUUGUUCUAAAUUUAAAAUAUAUUUUACAUUUUUUAAUGGAGGUUGGAGAGAGGGCUUAGUAAUUAAGAGUCAUGGAUGCUCUUCCAGAGGAACCAGGCUUAGUGCCCAGCACCCACACCUGAGCUUACAAUUAUAGCUUCAGACUCCUGUGAUCUGUGCUGGCUACUCUGAUGUCAACUUGACACAGCUAUAGUCAUCGAAAGGAAUGAAACCUCAAUUGGAAAGUUGCAAUCUUAAGACUAAGCUGUAGGCAGACUUUUAGGGCAUUUUUUUUCGUUAGUAGUGUGGGAGGGCCCUGGGCUUGUGGUCCCAGGUACUAGAGACUGAGCAAGCCAAAGCAAGCCAAGUAGCUGCAUUUCUUGGUGGCCUCUGCAUCAGCUCCUACCUCCAGCCGACUGUCUUCGAUUAUGGACUGUGAUAUGGACAUGUAAGCAAAAUAAACCCUUUC